AUGUUUCCGGACUUUGUGUGGGAGUUGACAUCUUCCUGGAGCAAACCGCUGUCCAUCCGCACCUUCGUGCCCGGACAGGGUCAGUACUUGGACAUGGAAGGGGCAUAUCAAGCAGGCCUAGUGAGCAUCCCUCCGAUGGAGACAUGUUUAGCUGCUUAUUUGGCUCCGUCUCACAACCAGGGUGUGAGCGGGCCCACCCUGCUCUCUUCCAAGCCCUGCAGAUUCUCUUCGGCCCAGCUGGAGAAAAUCUACAAAGCCCAAGGUAACACCGCCCAUGCGCUGAGCUCCGUCACCAUGUUUCAGACCUACAAGGCCAUGGCCUUGGCUGAACUGGCGGAUCAGAUGCCACAGGAAAAACUCCUUUUACCCCUGCUAAACGAGAUCCGACUGUCGUCAGACCACAUUCUGUGUGUGUCCCGCUGUGCAGCAUUGGCUCUGGGGAAAGGAAUGGCUUCUACUGUGGUGGUGCAGAGGCACCUGUGGCUAACGCUCUCUGACGUUCCUGACAAGGACAGAGCGGCCUACUUGGAUGAACCGAUAAUGCCUACAGGACUGUUUGGUCAAGAGCUUGACAUCAUCCAAACCAAAUUUGAACAGAGGAAGAAACAGGCUGAGGCACUUUGCUGCAUCAUCCCCAGACACGAUUCGAGGUGGCGAUGGCUCGGCCUGGAACACCUCUACUGGCUCACCAAACAGGCCAAAUAUAAGCUGCGAGUGGCUCUGGAGGACUGGCAGGGCCGCCACGUGUUUGCAGAGUACGACAGCUUCCACCUAGAACCAGAGAGCGACUGGUACCGCCUCCGUUUGGGACUUUACCAAGGCACUGCAGGGGACUCCCUGUCGUGGCACAACAACAAGGCCUUCACCACUCUGGAUCGGGACAAGGACAGCUACACGGGUAACUGCGCUCAUUACCAGAAAGGAGGCUGGUGGUACCACAUGUGUGCCCACUCCAAUCUGAAUGGUGUGUGGUACCGAGGUGGACACUAUCGAAGCCGCUACCAGGAUGGAGUCUACUGGGCUGAGUUCCAUGGGGGGUCCUACUCGCUCAAAAAAGUUUCCAUGAUGAUCAAACCCACAUAGCUGCAAACUGUACAUGAAAAAGCAAACCACAAACUCAUGUGGACGAC